CGCUGGUAGUCCGCUCUCCUUGCAUAACAUACGCUGUGCCUCGCGCGCGUAAGGGCUUCACGUGAGACAGCCCCAGACGAGGGGACUUCCUUUACCCCCCCACUCCUCCGGGCCAACCGCAGAGGGGAGGAGAGGACAGCGAGGGGCAGGCACAGGACAUGGACGUGAACGAGUGACGAGGGGUCUUUAGAGGCGACUUGGCGUGUGCGCUAAACCUGGACAAAGGACAGCUCACCAGCGGUAGCGUGCCUCGCACUUGCACACUGUGCCAAGAGAGACAUGUUUGCUCCGCUGUAGAGUAUUUAUCUCUUUCUGAGGCAAAGUGAGUAACACUGUUUGGAGUCGUGGUGCCCCAGUGUCACUGGAGGUACGGCAGUGUGGGAAGGAGGUCGUCAGGUUCAGAGAUAAGGAGAGUUGAGGCCCAGCUUUUCAGCAGUUUAAUAUAGCUAGAAGUAAAACCACCUGGCAAGAAGUGUGAGAUGAUUCCACAUGAAGUAUCUAGUGACUGCCAGAACAACUUUCUGCUUCAACAACUAAUCUCCUUGGUACCCUAAGACGAAACAGAGAGGCAAAAUUUAAAACGGCACAUAAAAGACAAACUGUGAAACGAUGGGCUUCCCAACAUUGGAGUUGCACUCUUGCAUUUGAUUUCCAAUCAAAACCAGCACAGAGAAGCGGAGGAGCCUGAAGACCAUGAAGUCCAACCAGGAGCGCAGCAAUGAGUGCCUGCCUCCCAAGAAGCGGGAGAUCCUGGCACUGGAGGAGCGGCAAGUGCUGGUAGCGUCAACUGUGAGCGAGAGCCAGAGUGGGGAGAACCUGGCGUGGUUGGCCAGUGUGGCCACCAUGGCCAGCAUGGCCAGCGUUCCGAACCGCACUCCGUCGCGGAACAGCACUUCCGAGCCUGACGGCCCUUGCCCGUCAGCCAAGGCCCUGGCCGUGGCGGCGGAGUACCUGCCGUCCACUUCGGCCUGCAGCAGCUCUCCGUCGGCUUAUGUGAGCGCUGUGCCCAAAGGAAACCUACGCGGGACCGCCACGAUAACAGCCAAUCCUGCCGUCCUCUCCUCCAGCCUCCCUCAAGCAGCGGGACCAAUCCAGCACGCCCAGCUGCCACCUAACAUCCAAAUCAUUGGACCAUACACAGGCUACAUCUCCUCCCAAAUAGUGCCAGCAGCAGCAGCAAGUCCAACCCAGUCGUGCAGAAGCACACAGGAGCUGUAUGCCACCACGGCUGUCAUCCCACAAUCUCCUAAUGGAAACCCACAGAAGCAACACAUGAUGUCCUCCUUGCCGAGUGUAGCUCAUACCACCAGUCAGUGCAUUCAGGUAGAGGGUGCCCCUGUUGGCUUGACGGUUACAUCCCCCUCUACUCAAGUACCCCUUCAACUUCACCCCCAUUCGGCUGUUCUUGCCUCUCAUGGCCUGGCUCUUGCCCCUUCCCAGGUGCUUGUGCAUUAUGCUGAUGGACUCAUCACCAAACACCCUGACUCCCAAAGCAGAGAUUUGCAGAACGGUGCUCUGGGAGAGGUCGCGGUGGUCAAACACGGUGCCGGCGUGGCCAAGGAUUCCUCUAACAAACUAGAGAGCGAUGACAGUCAAAGGCAGAACCAGAACCUGGGCCUCCAGGCACAAACUCAGGUCUUGCUCCCUGCCGACUACGCCACUCACGAUGGUGCAGGACUUCAGACAUCACUCAUGCUAUUGUCAGGCAGCCACCUGGUGGCCAGUAAUAGCACUGAGCUUCAGAGCGCCCUGGAUAAAGAUCAGUCAUCUCUGGCUCGUGUAGAAAGAACAGGACUCUCUGUGGGGAAACCAGUCUCCAGGGUUUCCUCCCUUACUCUAUCAUCAGCAGACGGCUUGGCGGCACCUCUAGCCCCAACUCUGUCCUCUCAUGCCCUACUGCAGACGUCCCCGUGUGCACCCACCCAGGACCUUUCCACAGGCCUCUACUCAGCUGCACAGCUGCCCAUUAUCGGGUACAUCACCAGUGCAUCUGGGGGGCCCCAGCAGGUGAUGGCCAGUUACCAUAGCAACCUUCCACAGCAUUUAGUGAUCUCAAGCAACCCCUCCCUCCUUAUCCCUGUGAGUGCUGGCAGCAUCAACACGUCUUCUGCUGACCCAGAAGUUACGCGCUGCUCCAUCUCCACCAUAACCCCCUCCAACAUACCAGCCGUAGCCACAGGUCUGCCUCAGGCCUACAUCACCACGGCAACGUCCGCUGUUGCGGCCUCUGUUGCCCCUAACGAUAAAGAGGCCACAGCGUCCGAGGGACAUUACGCAACAGCUGCAGUGCAGAGUUCCAACCAGGUGCAGCUACCUGUCCUCUCAGGCAGCCUUGUGCCAUCCCCAACGCCUGCGCUCACCCCGGCCCCCGUGAGCCCUCAGAGCACGCCCCUGUCUCCAUCUUCUGCCCUGCCACCCUACUUCAUGAAGGGCUCCAUCAUCCAGCUGGCGGACGGGGAGCUGAAGCGGGUGGAGGAUCUGAGGGCAGAGGACUUUCUGCAGAGUGCUGAUUUGAGCGGAGAGCUGAAAAUCGACUCCAGCACAGUCGAGCGGAUAGACUCCAGCAGAACGCCCGAUGCAGUGAUCAUACAGUUCUCAGUCGGGGAGCACAAAACACAGGUGUGUGUGGAAGUCCUGGUGGAGUACCCGUUCUUCGUGUUUGGUCAGGGUUGGUCAUCCUGCUGUCCACACCGCACAACCCAGUUACUGGCCCUGUCCUGCGCCAGGCUCUCCGUGGGAGACGUCUGCAUCUCCCUCACUCUGAAGAGCCUGAGGAACGGCGUGCUGAGGAAAGACCAGCCCUUUGGCUCAGUCCUGACCCACAACACCAAUCACGUGAAGACAGCCAAGACCAAUGGCCAGGUCGUGGAAGGGCCAGCUUGGAGGAAGGACGAGGGGUAUGGAGGCAACGGAAGAGCAGGAGGAGAACAGAAUCGUGAAGGUAUCGGGCUCGAGGGUCUCAGCUCUGCGAGGGGCGUCGGCCUCUCAAAGGAGGGGGAGGGGCAGCCACGGAAUGCCGGAGGCCGCAAGAGGAGGUGGUCAGCCCCAGAGAGAGGAGAGAUGGGGAGAUCUUCGGAGGGCAUUCUCCCUGAGACUUUGCCCAAAAUGUCCUUCCUCUCCCAGGAGGUGAAAAUCAGCAUAGAGGGAAGGUCCAGUAUGGGCUCCUGAGCCCCACUGUGUCUCCCUAAAGAGUCCCGUCACUUGACAUGGAGAACUGGACAGUCUCCCCAGGCAACAGUGCGUCAAUGUGGUUCAAUCUUUUAUUCAUACUAUGAAAUAAUUCCUUCUAUAGUAGUGGCGUUGGCUGGCAACAACAACAGUUGGAAAAGAUUUUUUGUUUUCACUGGAUAAACAAAAAGGCUGUCUCCUGCCCAGUCACAGAGAAAGGUCUUUACCACAGACGUGUACCCAAAAACAUAGCAGGGCAAGAAUGACAGGAUUUAUUUUUGUGAAAUGUACUACCCUUCUCAUUAUAGCGUUUUUGUUACAUUAGCUAAAUUUGUGUGACUUGGUAUGUGGUUUUUGUAACGAGACUUGGAGACCUAUACUUUUUGACUGGCUUGAGGCAUACCUAUUGAGGGGGGCCGGUUUGUUUGCUUUUUUUUAUAUAUAUAUAAUUCUGCCCUUAUCAAUUUUAAGCACACACACACUGUCAUGUGAAAUGAGACAUCACUGUCUUUCAGUCAUAAUCAGUGACUUGAACACAUAUGGACCAGAGGAUUGGAGGAAGAGAUAGAGGAAAAAUACGUUCUGUGACAAAUUUGGCCCAUAUACAGUGUUUUAAAGCUAAACUACUACUACUAUUAUUAUUAUUAUUAUUAUUAUUAAAAUAUAAUAUGCUUAAAAAGACAUGAAACAACUGAGGUAAUCAUGUCCUGAAUGACCCUUUGGCAAGUAUUGACCAUCAUUCCUGUUUGAGAUUUUAAAUAAUUUAUUUUCAGAUGAGUUUUGAUAACCCAGCAUAGUUGAAUUAGUAAGGCUAGAGCAGCAUUUAGCCUGUAGUUAACCCUCCCACAAACCAGGGUACAGGGAAUAUGUCCAGUUAUUUUAAUGCAAGCUAGAAAUAAUGCUCAAAUGAACAGAUGUUCCAGUAAUCAUGAAUAUUUUUUUAUCAGUCCGUGCCCAUUUGUUGAGACAUGACAUAAAUAUCAGAUUGAAUGUUGGAUAACACAUUUUCCAGUAUCUUGCAAUUCAGUCAGUGUCCUCCUGAUAUGCAAUAUUAAGAUGAUUCAUAUACCUCAUGUAUGACACAAGGCUGUUUCCGAUAGCCCAGUAGGAUCUGUGGCCUAUGUAAAACAUAUUCAGAAACAUGUCCAUGUUCAUAUUUAUAUAGAGGAUAUGCUUAGCCCUUGAAUAUGAGCACUUUAUAGAAGGCAGUAGAUAGUUAACACCCUCACCUCUGAUAUGUUGCCUAAGCAACAGACAUUUGCACAAUGUAGAGUUUUAAAUAAUGUCAGGCAAUCUCGGCCCCAUCACAAAUUCAAUGUAAUCAUUUUAUUCCAUUGCUUAUGUGACUUCAGGAUGUUUGAAAUCCAGCUGCAACAAAUGGAACCACAACCUAGUGACCUGUAAAAGCAUUCUCAUCGUAAUAAAAGUCUUGUAUAGUUUAAACUAUUGGAUGAUUUAUACACCUUAUGUAUAUAACGGCUGUCCCACGGGGUUAAUGUAGACCUUUUCAGUACAUUGGCCCCCCCCCCCCCCAAAAAAAACAAAAUCCAUUUAUUUUGUUUUGUUUUUGAGGGUUUUAUUUGGGGAGGUUGUUGUGUUUUUUGUUGCUCUUGUUUUGGUUGUCUUGUCAGUGAAGGUUUAUGAGACCCAGUAGCGACUACAGAAGUGGUAUAAUGGCAGACAAGCUCAAAAUGUCAGCGCAACAAAGUUCUGCCAAAACAUCAGGAAGCUGUUAAUAUUUUAAAGGAACAAAUGAGUCAGGCUCAUAAUUCACAGAAAAUAAUAACCCCUGUGAUUUUUUUCCCCCCCUUAGACUUCUUUUAUAGUGCACUGCUCAGUGGGUCAAGCAGACGUUUACCAAAAUGUUCAACACAGGCUUUUGACAGGAAAACCUCAGAUUUUAUUUUCAGUAAACAGUGGCUCAUUAUGCCAUUGUUGGGAUGCAUAUUGUGACAUGCAGUCACAACAUAACACACACAACUUCUCUGGCUGUCUAAUAAAUAAGAAUGCUACUAUGAUGACAAAGCUAUACUUUGUAUACCAGUAAAAAGAAUUUUGCUAUUUGCACAAGUAGAAAUACUAAAGUAGGAUUGUGGAAUGUAUGUGUUAUUUUGUUAUUAGUUGUUUUUUUUGCCUUUGAGAUAUAUCUGCUUUUUGUGUUCUUACCACUUAUGAUUGAGUUUGGAUAUCCUUGUAAGAGUGUCUGAAUAAACCUUGCAUUUCCAUUUUUUUAGAUGACCAAAAUGUCUAAAUAUACUCAUAAGUGUGAAUGUUCCUUGUUUUAGUCGACAUCUUUCAGCCAAACCUUGUCGUUCAUAUUACGAUCUAGAGAAGAAUACGAAUGUCUAGAAGAAAUGAUGUUAAAUCUCAUGUUGCAGAAGUAAUGCAUGAUUGCACAUUCAGCUGUUUAGGGUAGAUUUUACGCACUUUCAGCAGUGUGUGUGUGUGUGUGUGUGUGUGAGAGAGAGAGACAGAGAUGCACAGGAGAAAGGGAUGAAUAGAGUCAGCACAGAGAUUGUGAGGUAGUGAAGAAGUGUGAAAGAAGAAUGUUCAGUCCAUGGUUCAGAACAGUGUAAAAAACUAGCAUUACAUACACACAUUAAGGUGAUGCAACUUAACUGUUUUAUUUGAUGUUAUCAGUAAAGAGCUUGGUGCUAUGACAUUAGAACAGAAGCCAUCUGUAUAGAAGUCUGAUUCUAGUCUCGUGUGUCACUUGUCAUUUCUGGUAAAUGUACAGUAUGAAUUUUCUUUUAGUUGUACUAAAUUUCGAUGUGUAGACUGUUGUCUGGGGAACUUCAGUGACAAUAUUUUGCUCUCAGUUAACUACUGUAGAUGUUUGUUAAACUGUUGAUAUGUUUUAAAUAUCAAUUAGUCCAGCUAUAAAUCACUGGGCAACUUAGCAGUUCAUAACACCCUAAGCCAUGUAAAAUCACAGCUUUCCAAUUAUUUGAUUUGCUUAAAAUCUGCUAUUUAGUUUCAUUAUUGGGUUGAAUCAUUAUUUUUAAAGCAUGCAAAUGAUGCCUUGAAAAUGAAGUGUAUAUAAAUGUGUUUUGCAAAUUCAAGAGCACCACAAAAGUAGCUUUCAACUACUGUUUUCAACAUUGAGUUCAUGUUGCGUCAUGUUAACUAAUGGCAUUCUGUCAGUGUAGACAUAAUCAUUGGUUGCCCAGAGGGAUUUCAUUUUAAAUAAACAUUUGGUUUUUAUUUAAAAAAAAAAAAAAGUGAAAAGGAUAUAUAGUGACCUACUUAAGGGAGCAAUAAGUAUUUUUACCAGCAAAAAGUAGCAAACAAUAUUUAAUAAUAUUCCCUGUAAAGUGCAGCUCACAUGAGAUUAAGAAUCAAAUUGCUUUGUAGUCCUCAAAUUAACCAGUUUAUGCUCCAUAGUGCAGGUUCCCCACAUGGAGGUGGCCAUGUUUAAGAGAGAUUUUAGUACAGUCUCUCCAAAACAUCCAGGCCACUAGGUGUCAGUAUAAUGCCUGUUUCAUAAUGUGAAGAAGAAUGAUUGGAAAGGUAACUUAUUGCUCCUUUAAGUUCAGUCAGGCUUCUAAACAAGGGAUUUCUAUUUGAUUUUCCAGUGCAAAAAGACAGACUUUAGGCUCAGGAUAGGACACUGGCCAAAUGACUGUUUCUUUUAUCAUAUGCAUAAUACCCAUCCAAAAUUACAGAUCCCAAUGUGUUGUCAUUUAUUUUGGGCCCAGCAUAAUGUCUGUUUUUCACUCUGAACUGCAUGACUGCUACCAUGUUUACACGGUUAUCCUUGCUCCAAGCGUUCACUGUCGCAUUUGCUGGGCUCAGUAGGCCUCAUGUGCUGUGUGUUAGUUUGUAUGUUCAACAUGGAAAACGUAUAAGCACCUUGUCGUAGUUCCACGGCUGGAAAACCAGGCGCAUUUCACUUGGAUUCAGUUAUAUAUGCAUGCCUCAGCGCUCCAUGACCAGGAAGAGCCUCAAGCAAUAGCACCACGCCACACUUAAGGGGGAAGGAAGGUCACUGGACGUCUGCGCUCCGGACUGCUCUACUCAGAUUACACGUACAAGUGGUUAGCAAGAACUGGAGCUUGGGGGAGGGGGAGCAGUGUUCUUUGGCUCACACAGUUAUAGCGCCACUUGCUGGACAAAACCUCCACUAACAGACUUUAAUAUCUUUCUAGUAAUUGAUUUUAUUAACAGUCUUGUGGGAUUUUGAAUACAACUGUUGAUGAGAGUGCUGAGGGCGGAUCUCUUAGCUUACCUAAUAAAACCUCAAACACCAGAGUGGUCCUUUAUCCAGAUGGAAAAACAAACAAACACAAAAUGAGUAUUUCUUUUUUCUGUAAUGUAAUUACUGUAUCAUAAUGUUACUAUUUGUGAGUAGUUGUACCUGUGUAAAAUAAUUUUGUUUUUUCUUUUGAACUUUUCAUUUUGCAUAAACACCAACACAAGCAAAUAAGGCAGAAUGAAACCUCAGAUAUUGUUAUUGUGACGUAUUUAUGUGAACAAUGCAUCCAAGACUGUUCCGUGGAGUCAGUGGUCUAUUUUGUUUGGCGGUGCUUGAAGAUUUUUAUAGAUAGAAUAUUAUUUGAUUUACAUGAAAUGUUGGACUCAGCUUUUAAAAACUGUCCAAUUUAGAAAUAAUUUGUUGUACAGUACACAUUUAUUGUCUCUGUAUACGCUAAUAAAAUUCGGUGCAAAUUUUA